AUGAUGUAAAAAUAUUUUGAAUGUUAGUUAAAUGCCUGAAUCAUAAUUAGGAUCAGUUAGGAUGAGACCUUCGUAAAUACAAAUAGAAGAUGAUUAAUAAGCAUCAACUCAAAGACGAAAUUUUUUAUCUCCAACAUUUAGUUAAAAUCUACCUCUUUUCAGGGAAUUGUAUAGAAUUUAAAAAUGAAAAUAGAUAAUCAAGAUAAGUAUAAAAUAGAGAACAAGAUUAUUCAAACAGCAUUAUUACACUUAGUGAUGAUAAGGUAUUAAAUAUAUAAAUUAGACUAUUUCUUGUCAUGCUUAAAUGAUAAAAUCUCUUCUUUUCAAUUUGUUCUUAUAAGUAUUUUUUGUGAAUUAUUUAACUUAUAUGCAUUGGAAAUACAGUCAUCGUUACGUAUUAUUAUAAUUGUGGAUAUAAGACUUAAUAACAAUAUUUAUUCUGAUAUAUUAUAAUUAUAGAAAAGGUGAUGAUUGUAUUUGGUAACUAAUAGAAACAAUGUUUUUAUUCUUUUUUAAAGUAUAUUAAUAUACUUUUUAUUAGAUAUUCAUAGUGUUUUACUAUGAAGUUUAAGAAUUUAAGAUAUAUUUUAUAACCAUAAUGAUGUUAGCAGUUUCAUCAUUACUUUUAAUCAUGAAAUUAGUUUAAAAGAUUAAGACUCCAACUAAAACAAGCACUGCUUUGGUAAAUUAAAUAUUUAUUGAUAGAUAUUACAAUUUUUAAAAACUAUGUGUUGUCUUUAACUUUUAUUGAUAACACUUAAGUGGGAAUCAAAGAUCUCUUGGUCAUGGAUCCAAAUAUUUCUAUUAUUAUGGGUAUUUCUUGUUGUUUGUGCAUUAUUAUUAUUCAUUUCAUUAGUUAGUUGUAUUGAAACUUUAGUGAAUAUAGUCAAAAAGAAAUAACAAUGUCAUUACUGUAUAUUUUUAAAUUACCCUUUAGUGGCAGGCAAUUUAUGGAUAUUUAUUAUGCUAAUAGGAUUUACACUAUUUCCAUUUUUAUUUAUUUUGAGAACUGCUGAAUUUUAUGAGGGUAAUCAAAUUAUUGGUCUUACUGAAACUGCUUAAUAUAUUGUUAUUAUAACUUUAUUUUCAUUAUUUCUUCUCAUUUUCACUCUAUGUUUCUAUAAAUAAAUUAAGUAACUCUUAUUUUUAGUAUUUUAGAGCAUAUUUAAAAGAUGUUUAAGGAAUCUCUGAUUAAAUAGAAAAUGAUUAAUAAUAAACAAUAUAAUCUCCUAAUUCUAGAUAACUUAAUUCUCCACAUUAAUAAAAAAAACUAUAAUUUGUUAAAUUAGGAAUACCAUUAUAUUUAAUUAAAUUAUCUUGUACUUAUUUUGCUGUACUUGAUAAAGCCUCUUUCGAAUUCAAAAAAAAAUAAAAUUUUCAUCAAGAAUUAGAGUCAGGAAGAUCAAAUAUAUAAGGUUCUACUAUGAGAGAAACUUAAAAAAAAAUACUAUAAAAACCUAUUGCUAGUAAUUCUAUGAUUAUUAAUAAAAAAAAAGAUGAAAUUGAUUUAGAUAUAUAAAAACCUGCUAUUACUGAUAAUAGUAUUUUAAUCUAUUAAUUAAUCUUAGUUAAAAUUAAAAGAGAAGAAAUCCCAGUAACUGUUUCUAAAUAAGAAUAAGAAGAGGAACCAAUUAAAUCAAUUAAAUCUAUUAAAUCUGAUGGAGAAUCUAGUACUAAUUAAGACAAAUGUCUUGUUUGUUAUGAAAAUAUUCCAAAUAUUGUAUUUGUUCCAUGUCGUCAUGGAGGAAUCUGUCAAUAAUGUGCUGAAGAUGUUAUAUAAAAAUCUAAUGAGUGUUAUCUAUGUAGAAAAGUAAUUAAAUAAAUAAAUAUCAAUUUUAGACCAUAAAUCAAAUUUUGAAAGUAUAAAAAAAUGUAAAUAAAUAAUUGGAAGUCUAAGAGGCAUCAAUUCUGGGCUGA